AUGUUUUACGUGAACAGAGAGAAGUAAGGCCAUUUCGAUAUGCCUUUAAUACCGGUGGGGCUUGGUACCUCCAGUUCAUUCAGUGUUAGCUCCAUUUCGGGAAAUACUUCAACUAUUGAAGAACCAUCAAGCUCCUUUCAAGACGACAAGCAAUGGCUCGAUGAUAUUUGCGUGGCAAACAAUAUUGUAAGUUGCGUUAUGACUUUUCUACGUUUUUAGAUUACAAGUACUGGACGAUGUGUGACCACUUACAUGUGUAAAAAGUGUGGCCGAGAGUUUCCACAUCCGUCCAAAAUUAGAGAACAUUUCCGAGUUCACACGGGAGAGCGACCAUUUAAAUGCAGUAUUUGUUCUUGUUCUUUUGCUCAGAAAAACUCCUUAACAGUAAGUUAAGCAUUCCAAAUAUAUUUGUUUAGUCCCAUCUUCGAAUUCACACUGUGAGUCGACCUUACGAAUGCCGGUUUUGCGACGUAAAAUUCAGCACGUCCUCCCAUAGACUUCGACAUGAGAAAACUGUUCACGCAGACCUUUUCCGGUCGCAAUUGAUGAACACCGCUUAUGACGGACCACCAACUUUAUCUCCUCAGCCAAGGCUAAUAGAUGAAUCCAACUACAUUGAAAACGAGAUCGUUAUAGAGGACAAUCCCACUGAAAUUCGAGGCAAGAAGAAUGCCAGUGAACGGGAAGGUCAGAGAACGUUCGUGAAGAAUCGUGCCAUUGAUGGAUCCGUAGCUCAUCUGGGGGAAGAAUAUCAGGAAGUUGUGUUUGCCAACGAACUCCCGCCCGUAAAGGGACGAAGGCGACGAGCUGAUGAGUACAAAGUAAGCGUUGAACUCCCCGUUUUAUCUCGUUUCUUUUAGCAAGUUGUCGUGGACAGUAGAAUAUAUGACAUGGCCGCUCCUCGACCAAAGAAUUUCAGCAAACCGGGAUUAAACACUAUGAAGUUGAAGAAACCGAUGCCCAAGGGAGUGAAGGAAGACACGAUUAAUAUUGUGGUCGACGCAAUUGCGCGAGGAAUGGAUCCAUCUGAUAUUUUGCCACGAUCAAAGAGACCAGCCACAAUAAAAGAAUGUGAAUAUUGUGGGAAGAAACUGAAAUAUCCCUCUAGAAUAUUGGUAAGAGGUUUCUGAUGGAGUUGUUAUGUCUUUAGGAACAUAUGAGGACUCAUACCAAGGAAAAGCCCUUUGUUUGUCCCAUUUGUCAUACUGGAUUUGCGCAACAAACGACCUUAAGAAUGCAUCUCCGACGUCAUAUGGAUACCCGUCUCUUCGUGUGUCCUAUGGAUGGAUGUCAGUCAUCUUUCAUCAAUGGAGCUCUUCUGAACCUCCAUGUAAAAGAAGUUCAUCAACAGAAACGUCGAUUUGCUUGUUUAAAUGGUUGCGGGAAGAUAUUCAGAUCAAAUUCGGCUCGGUUAAAACAUGAGAUGGAGAUGUGUGAAGUUGUGAAUCAAGAAAUUAUCCACGAGCAUGUUGAUGAGCAAACAGAAUUUGUUGGUGAUGUCGAAGGGAGAGAGGCAACUGUGGGUGAGGAAGGGUACAUUAUUGAGGAAUGGAAGGAAGACGAGCAUGGAAAUGUUAUCUACGAUGAAGAACAGGAGUACGAAGAUAACUAUUUCUACGAGGAAAUGGAGGAAUUCCGUUUAGAGGGUAAUUUUGAGGUGGGCGGGGGUGUCUCCGCUCCUGGGCGUUUUGUUAAUGAAGAAAGCCACUAA